UCUCUUCCGAGGAAAGUGGUGCUCUUAGGGUUGUCAGCACCUGGGGAAAAUUAUCCAAGACCCGCUUCCUACCACUGUACAGGAUCACCUUUCUUGAAACUGCUUUCUUCCUUUCUUGGUGACUGGUCCGUAUACCUUGCAUUAGGAGCCAUCCUUCGUGCUGGCAGACCGUGAGGGGCGUAUACUCGUGCUAGACCGCUUAGGACUAAUUCUCUCGCUAUCAUUCUAGGGGAUCAACGGUCCAAUCAAGAUCACUGUAGGAGGUUUGUCAUUUCUGGCUAGAGAAUGUUGCAAGAUCCGACGGGCAAACUUACCCGAGCUUCUUAGUUCAACUACCUAACAAAAUGAGAUCUAUCGUCCUCUCACGAAGCCGUCAGGCCGAAGAGUCUUUAAUCCCUCCCGUGCGGACCUACUUCUCACAUCUAUCAAGGCUAAUCACUCCUAAAGACGCAGCCAGCCAUUCGAUCUCCUCACAAGCAGCCGGCAAACACCUUAUCAGAGCACAGCAGCCGUUGAUUCACCCUCCCGGAUCUCAUCCCCUGCCUUCCCGGUGCAUAUACCAUGUUCAAGGAGCAUCGCAGCCGUCCGUUACAUCCUCUGGCCAGGUCCGCUUUCUCCGAUCCAUUUCACGGUACGUUUCUCAACCCAACGGGCCGAUCACCAGCAGUACCAUCACCGGCGCCGCUAAGGCGGCAAAGUUGACGUUUUCCCGGCAAAUCUCACGGGAUUCCAGCCGUCUGUUCGAACAGUCAGCAGCCGUCAGGCUCUUGCGAUCCGGCAACCUCGCGGCUCGAGAAGCGGCUCGGGGAGCGGCUCGCGAAGCGGUUCGAGAAGCGAGGGAGAAAUGGAGCCACCUGCUGCAAGGCGCGGCGGAUCGGUGCCGCCCUCCCGCGUUCUUCUUCCCGCCUCUCGCGCGAACCUUCGGCGCCGCGAGCCUCGCCGCGUCCAAGUCGCAGAUCGCGCCGCGACUAGUGGCGAUUAUUCUCGGCGAAGCCGCGCUCCGUAGCAGCACGGGAUCGGGUAGAGACGGAUCGGGAUCGUUAGCACACGCGGAGCAGAUGUUCGGAGCGGCGCAGCUGAAAUCUCAAGUGCAGGCGCAGCACCACACCAACCCCGUUAUAGACUUCCUCCUUGAAACGCAAGAAGCGGUUUUUCUGGCCCUCCGAACCGUGUACCUCGUUUUUCUUUUCCUGCCCGCGAUCGCGACCGGCCCGUUUGCGGACAUGUGGGGAGGGCGGUUUCGGCAGCAGUGGCUCGAGCUGGUGCACAAAACCUUAGAAUGCGCGGGAGCGGCGUUCAUAAAGUGGGGCCAGUGGGCGGCGACGCGGCCCGACUUAUUUCCUAAGGACAUGUGCGCGCAGCUGUCUAAGCUGCACACGAAGGCGCCUGCCCACCCGUUCAAGACGACGCAGAAGAUCGUCGAGCGCGCGUUUGGGCGGAGACUGGAGGAGAUGUUCGACGAGUUCGACGAGGAGCCCGUUGCCUCGGGCAGCAUCGCGCAGGUGCAUCGCGCUGUCCUCACCAACCGCUACCCGCGCGCCGAGCCCAAGAUGGUGGAACCGCCAAGAAUGGUGGCGGUGAAAGUGAGACAUCCCGGAGUGCGGGAGGUGAUUCACCGCGACUUUGUGAUCAUGAACUGGGUGGCGCGGGCUACGAGCUUAGUGCCCGGGCUGCAGUGGCUGAGGCUGGAGGACAGCGUGCAGCAAUUUGCAGUCUUCAUGAUGGCGCAGGUUGAUCUCGCCCGAGAGGCGGCCCAGCUGAGCCGGUUCAACUACAACUUCCGCCGCUGGCGGAGCAUCAGCUUCCCCAAGCCUCUCUACCCCCUCGUGCAUCCCGAGGUGCUCGUAGAAACGUUCGAGUCCGGCCAGAGCGUGGCUCGGUACGUGGAUCGGACCGAACCUGGCGGUGUGGUUGGGCCCGAAGGGAAAGGUGCUUGGCUCGCUGCCGAAGCUGAGAAAGCCGCAGCUGACGCUGCUGCUGCAGCAGCAGCUGGGGGAGUGGCAGCAGCGAGAGUUGGGGGGAGUAAUUCGGAGAGUGGGGUAGAUGACAAGCGGAUAGCCGUAGCCAGCGCUAAGGAAGGGGGGAUGAAGGGCGGGGAGGGCGUGGAUGGGGCGCAGGGGGAAGGGAACAAGGACGGGGGGGGAUCCAAGAGGAAGCGGCGGCUGUGGCUGGUGCGAGGGAGACCCUUCAAGCAGUGGUGGGAGAAGCGAGCAGGCAACCGAAUCAACAUGGAACUCGCGGAGCUGGGGUCGCACACACUCCUGAAAAUGCUCCUGGUGGACAAUUUCAUACAUGCGGACCUGCACCCGGGAAACAUUCUAGUGCGCAUGCAGAGGGGCCAUUUGCUGUCAGCGCCAGACGAAGGCGUGGGGCUCUCGCUGAGCUCGCACCCGCACAUCGUGCUGCUGGAUGUGGGCAUGACGGCAGAGCUCGAGCCGCGGUACCGGGCGAACAUGCUCGAGUUUUUUAAGGCGAUCGCUGUUCGGAAUGGCAGGCAGGCCGCCGCUUGCACGCUGAAAUUCGCGGAUAAGCAGAGCUGUGCCGACCCCGAUGCUUUCAUUCAGGACGUGGACAACUCGUUCAAGGAGUGGGACGCCACUGGCCUGCGCAUCCCAACGGGUGACUGCAUGCAGGACCUGCUAGAGCAUGUGCGGAGGCAUCGGGUGAACAUUGACGGGAAUGUGUGCACCGUGAUUAUCACCACGCUUGUGCUCGAGAGCUGGCAACGCAAACUUGACCCAGAUCUGAGUAUUAUGGACCAUCUUCGCUCGCUACUCUUCCGUUCUGAAUUGGCCGAGACCUUCAACUACACAAUAGAGGGGAUUAUGGCACCUUAGUUCGGGGAAAACUGAUCAACAUCCUUGCGCAUAGGUUAUGGUAUUAGUUCAGUUGAUUAGGACUCUUGCCAGAUGUAGCUAGUAUCAAUCAGCUAUAAACCAGAAGGAUGUCCCUUCCACCUGAGGAUCUCUGUUGUAAAGCGUACACCAGCCGAGUCAUCCCAUGUCCGUCUGACAGCGUUAGCACGUG